GAAGGAAAAAAAGGACUGUUUUGCUUUUCUUUUGCUGUACGAGACUUUCCGUUUCGUGUGUGAGCCUGUUUUUGACUCUUUAAAGCAGUGGACGGGAACAAACUAAGAAGAAGCUCCUUAUCACCAGAGUCGUGUGGGAUUUGGAGAUAUCAGCUCGCUAGCUAGCUAUAAAGCUGGCCAAACUAAACAGAAAAGCUUAGCUAGCUAGUUGGAGAAGCGACGCCUGUCCGCGGGUUAAAGUGACAGAUCAUACCCGAAAGCGCAAUGCUGGUGACCGUUUUCUGCGCUCCGAGAGACCGCCCGGAAAUAACAUUUUCCUUGGAAGUGUCACCAGAGCUCGAAGUGAGGGACUUUGUGGCUCUGUGCGAAUUAGAAUCUGGAAUACCGGCUGGAGAGAUACAGAUAUCCUACGCGGAGCAGCCCCUGCAGGACCCCACCCGAACGCUGGGGGCGUACGGCCUGAAGGAUGGGGACGUUGUGGUGCUAAGACAGGCAGAGAGACGGCCACCCCCUCAGCCGGCCUUCCCAGGACUCCCCCGCAUUGACUUCAGCUCCAUCACAGUCCCCGGCACCUCCUCUGGCCGACCGUCUGCCUCGCAGCAGCGGCAAAACCAAAGUUUGGCUCAGCAGCAGCAGCAGCAGCAGCAGCAGCAGCAGCAGCAGCGGUCCCCUCUCCCACCCACGCCCCCUUCCCUCUCAGGCUCCGCCUCCUCCCCGCAGGGACUGGACGACCCCUCGCUCCUCCGCGACAUGCUGCUGGCCAAUCCGCACGAGCUGUCGCUGCUGAAGGAAAGGAACCCGCCACUGGCCGAGGCCCUGCUGAGUGGAGACUUAGAGCGCUUCACUAAGGUGUUGGUGGAGCAGCAGCAGGAGAGGGCACGCAGAGAGCAGGAGAGGAUCCGGCUGCUGACCGCAGACCCCUUCGACCUGGAGGCCCAGGCCAAGAUCGAGGAGGACAUCAGGCAGCACAACAUUGAAGAGAACAUGACGAUCGCCAUGGAGGAGGCCCCAGAGAGCUUCGGCCAGGUGGUCAUGCUCUACAUCAACUGCAAAGUCAACGGCCACCCCGUCAAGGCUUUCGUCGACUCAGGCGCCCAGAUGACGAUCAUGAGCCAGGCCUGCGCGGAGCGCUGCAACAUCAUGCGCCUGGUGGACCGGCGGUGGGCGGGCAUCGCCAAGGGCGUGGGCACCCAGAAGAUCAUCGGCAGGGUGCACUUAGCCCAGGUGCAGAUCGAGGGGGACUUCCUGCCCUGCUCCUUCUCCAUCCUUGAGGACCAGCCCAUGGACAUGCUGCUGGGGCUGGACAUGCUGAAGAGACAUCAGUGCUCCAUCGACCUGAAGAAGAGCGUGCUGCUGAUCGGGACGACGGGCUCCGAGACGCGCUUCCUCCCCGAGGCGGAGCUCCCGGAGUGCGCCCGGCUGGCGUACGGGGCGGACAGCCGCGAGGACACCCGGCCGGAGGAGAUCGCCGACCGCGAGCUGGCCGAGGCGCUGCAGAGAUCCGUACAGGAGAGCGAGCAACACUGAUGCAUGUGGACAGACAGCUGGAGAGGGGCCCGCCAAGCAGAUACUGAAGAUGGACGAACUACCUCACCACCA